AUGGUCGACCUUGGAGAAGAUAGCGGAUCCGCUCGGAAGACAAAGGACGACCGGUAUUUCAGCAUGUUGCAAGAUGGCUGGAUUCCAGAGGAUGGCAUUGAAUUGUUUCAGCAAUUCUUGGUCCACCUGACCGCCAGAUGGUCAGAGUUGUGCAGUCAAUUUGAGGACUAUCUAUCUCGCCUUCGAUUGAACCAGCUAGAGUCUAAGGGGGAAAGCCCAGAAACUAUAUCCCACUUCGCGGAGAACGCUCUGCACAUCGCCAAGCUCCGCCGCUUUUUUCAAGGCCAAGUUCGCGGCGCGAGGGAGUUUAGUAUAGACCUAGGUUGCCGGUAUGGCGCAGGCAAGGAAAGAAGAACACUUGAAGAAAUACAUAGAUUUGCAGACGUGGACCGACAGCUGCAGAGCUUGGGUCAAAGAAUCAGGGAUCUGCUGCAACUAGAAUUUGCCUGGGUUUCAAUCAAUGAGGCUCACAAGUCGACCAGCCUAGCAACCAGCAUGAAACGACUUAGCUGGAUUACGUUCAUCUUCCUGCCAGCCAUGUUUGCCGCGAGCCUUUUUGGUAUGAACGUGGAUAUACUGGAGAAUAAUCCUGAUUGGCGAUGGUUGAGGGAUGGGUUGAAGCGCAUGUGGGACGGCGGAUUCAAACGUUGGCUGGGGAAACAAAACACGCAGGGAGAAUAA